AUACAGGUAAGAGUAGAAAUACUGCAGUACUCUGUAGUACUCUGAUACAGGUAAGAGUAGAAAUACUGCAGUUGUAGAAAAGGCUGCCCAGAGACUGUCAUGCUGGCCCUUUAAGGGGCGGAGCUUAGACCUGCAGCGCAGCGUGAGAGAGGAGAGAUGAGGAAAGGAGAGACAGAAAGUUCACGGUUUUCAGUACUGUUGCUUGUUAAGACCUUAACAGUUUAAGUUGGUGGUUUGUUUGUGUCGAAUGCCAAAGCCUGUGCGUGAAAAUAGAAAGGGAAGCCUCCCUUGGACAGACAGAAACAGGACGCGGCCCAGCAGCUCCUCCAGUUCUCCAAUCAGCUGCAGCGGAGCGGCGUCGAGGGGGCGUGGCUUCAGAGCUCCGAGCAACGCUUCACCAGAGAAGACCUGCAGCGGAGAGUGAAAUCUGCAGUGAAGAAGCAGGAGGAACAUCUGGACAGGCGAAGGCUCAGGUUUACUCAGAUUACUUCACAGUACUCCACGUUACUUUACCUCUGCGUCAUGUGACGUCAGGAGGACACGAUCGAUGCAAUUAUCACCAACGAUGAAUAACUGAGAUCUGAUACUCUAAAACUAGAAACCCUCUGAAACACACAAAACCUAGUGUCAGAUGUUCUACAGACAUUCUAUAGAUGUUUUGUAGAUGCUCUGUAGAUGUUCUAUAGAUGUUCUAUAGACAUUCUAAAGAGGUUCUGUAGAUGUUCUAUAGAUGUUCUAUAGACGUUCUUUAGCUGUUCUGUAGCUGUUUUGUAGAUGCUGUGUAGAUGUUCUAUAGAUGUUCGGUAGAUGUUCUGUAGAUGUUCUUUAGAUGUUCUAUAAUGUUCUACAGAUGUUUUGUAGAUGUUCUUUAGAUAUUCAUUAGAUGUUCUGUAGAUGUUCUGCAGAUGUUCUGCAGAUGGUCUAUAGAUGUUCUACAGUUGUUCUGUAGAUGUUUUGUAGAUGUUCUGCAGAUGUUCUACAGAUGUUCUGUAGAUGUCCUAUAGAUGUUCUGUAGAUGUUCUGGUCCUGGCAACGUCUCCUGCUGCUCUCCAGACUCAGCGUUCUGCUGCAGGAGGAGGAGCUGCAGCUGCUGCAGGAGAUGGAGGAGAAGAAGAAGGAGGCGCUGGAGGAGAGACGGGUGGAGAUGAAGGAGAAGGUGGAGGUUCUGAGAGACCGAAGAGAGAUGGAGAGAAGACAGCUGGUGGCAGACAGGAUGGAGCUGCUGCUCAGGGAGCAGAGCGAGGACCUGCGCAGCCGACAGGUGAGGAGACGGCAGCAGCAGGUGAGUCAGGAUCAGGUGACUCAGGUGAGGAUCAGAGAGGAGCUGCAGCUUCAGCAGCAGCAGGAGGAGAAGAUGUUCGACGAGCUGAUAGAGGCUGAGCGAUGGGCACAAGAACAGCGGGAGACCCUGAGAGUCCAGAACAGGAGGCAGAAGAACCAACAGCAGCUGGAGGUCCUGAAGAAGCAGAUGGACGAAGCCGAGCAGCAGAAGCAGCAGAAGAAGAAGCUGAAGGACGAGGAGACGAGACUGCUGCUGGAGCAGCAGAAGACGGAACAUUUGCAAGAGCUGCAGCAGAAGCAGCAGAAGAUCCAGAAGCAGCAGAACCGACGGCAGCAGCUGGACCAGGACCUCCGGCUGAAGAUGAAGCGUCUGGCCAGAGAGCAGCGAGCAGAACUGGAGCUGGACAAGAACAUCCUGGAGCAGCUGCUGGAGCAAGACACCGACAAGAAACAGGAGGCCGCCAGGAAGAAGGUGCAGCUGUGUGAGGAGCAGCUCCGGUACCGGCAGCAGCUGUCUGAGGAGCUUCAGAGGCGGCAGAAGGAGGACCAGGAGACGGCGCUGCUGCUGGACCAGAACCUGGAGGAGGUCUGGAAGAAGAGGGACCAGCAGAACCGGCUGCAGAGGGAGGCCAGACGGAGGCUGAUGGAGGAGGUGAUGGAGGCCCGACGGCUGCAGGUCCAACAGACCCGGGACAGGAAGCAGCAGGAAGUCGUUCAGCGUUUCAGAGACGGAGAAGAAGUGAAGCGACGGAUGGAGGAGAUGAAACUGAAGGACCAGGAGGAUCAGAGACGACGGUACCAGAUGGAGGUCCAGUACCAGGUGGAGCUGCAGGACCAGAUCCGGCAGCAGAAAGUUCAGGAGCAGAACCAGGAACUGGCCAGGAGGCCCAGAUGGUCCAGAUGGUCCAGGUCUGCCCCCCAACACCAGCAGAACCCAACCCAGAACGAAGAACUGAACCAGAACUGACCCAGAAGGUUUCAUUAAACUCUCCAGCUCUGAUCUGAACUGGACUGUUUGUCUGAAGCCUCAUUCUGGAUCUCAGUGAAGACCAGAACAUCUCCCGUGUUCUCCACAGUGAUUCAUUUUAACGUCCUGUAGCUCUGAGGAGCCAGAACAUCAUGAAGGAGGAGAACUCAGAGGGUUCUGUCAGUAGAACGAUGGAAACCAGAGAAAAUAAACACUUCUUUGAUUAUUACGUUUAGGAAAUAAAAUAAAACCUGAACCAGAUGUUUAAACUCUGAA